AUGUCCUUGGAAGAAAUGAAAGACCUCCACCUUGAUGAACAGAACCUGCAGCCAGAAACUAGGGAAGUGAAUGGAAUUCUCAUGGCCAAGAUUACCAGUGAUAACUGGGACAAAAUCUGGAACUUCCAAGCAAAGCCUGAUGAUCUCCUCAUUGCUACCUAUGCAAAAGCAGGUACCACCUGGACACAGGAAAUUGUGGACAUGAUCCAAAAUGAUGGGGAUGUUCAAAAGUGCCAACGGGCCAACACCUAUGACCGACACCCUUUCAUUGAGUGGACUUUGCCUCCACCCCUCAACUCAGGUCUGGAUCUGGCUAACAAAAUGCCUUCACCUAGAACCCUGAAGACUCAUCUGCCUGUUCAGAUGCUUCCACCUUCCUUCUGGAAAGAAAACUCAAAGAUUAUCUAUGUGGCCAGAAAUGCCAAGGACUGCCUGAUAUCUUACUACUAUUUCUCAAAAAUGAAUAAAAUGCUGCCUGACCCUGGUACCCUGGGAGAAUACAUUGAAACAUUCAAAGCUGGAAAAGUGCUAUGGGGCUCCUGGUAUGACCAUGUAAAGGGAUGGUGGAAUGUGAAAGACCAACACCGUAUUCUCUACCUCUUCUAUGAAGACAUGAAAGAGGACCCUAAAAGGGAAAUUGAGAAGAUUGUAAAAUUCCUGGAAAAAGACAUAUCAGAGGAAGUUCUAAAUAAAAUCAUCUAUCACACCUCCUUUGACAUAAUGAAGCAGAACCCAAUGGCCAACUAUACUACUCUACCUUCCAGUAUCAUGGACCACUCUAUAUCUCCUUUCAUGAGAAAAGGGAUGCCUGGAGACUGGAAAAACUACUUUACUGUGGCACAAAGUGAGGAUUUUGAUGAAGACUACCGGAAGAAGAUGGCCGGGAGCACUAUUACCUUCCGUACAGAGAUCUGA